CACUUUUGCAACACUGGUGUAUAAUCUAUGAAAAUAGAUAAGGCAAAGUGAAUAAGUGACGCAUUUAUAUUUAUUUCGUAUAAAAAUAAAUUCUUACUCUGAAAUUAAAUUUUACUUGUAAAUACGAAGCAUAUAUAAGUAGUUAAAUAACUCGUAAAAUAUAUAACACAAACAUUAUUGUUCAUUUAAGCCUAAACAAUUAUCCACAUGUUCGUUAUUUAGUAUUGGAAUAACAAUACAUAUUACAAUAAACACAUAGAGAAAAGUAAUAUAAAUUAACUAAAAAACAGACAUAAAAAUGUCCAAAAGAGGAGCAUCAUUCGCUUUUGAAGGACAAGAAAGAAAGCCUACAAAAGAAGGUAAAAAACAUUCUCUUGACUCGGAUGAAGAAGACAGUGGAGCAGAGGAGGAAAAGCAAAAUAUUUUAAACGCUGAUGAUAUAGAGGGUGAAGAAGAUGGUGUUGGAGGUAUGGAAGGUGAAGUAACAAUCACUCCGUUUAAUAUGAAAGAAGAACUUGAAGAAGGUCAUUUUGAUCAACAAGGUCACUAUCACUGGAAGAAAGAAAAAGAAAUACGAGAUGGUUGGCUAGACAACAUUGAUUGGGUUAAAGUGAAAGGUAGACCAGAAGAUAAAUACAAAAUUUUUAAAGAUGACGGUGAAAAGAGCAAUUUUGAUGAUUCCGAUUCAGAUGUAGAUGAAAAUGAGGAAAAUUAUGAUAAAAUUGCAAAUUACAAAGAAAUAUUGCAACAUAUGAAACCCAGAGAGAGUAUUGCAAAAUGCUUACAAAGACUAGGUGCCAAUUCCAAAAUUUCUAGUGCUGAACGCUGGAAAAGAAAGAAAGCUGGCAUUGUCGAUGAAAGUGGUAAAACUGUUACCAGAAUUACAGAACUUGCCAAUCAAAUUUUAACAAAGGAAGGAAAUAUGGAUAUUUACCAAGAAACAUAUGAAAAAAUUAAUUCCAUAAUUGCAAAAGACAAGGCUAAGAAUGAUGAUGCUCAGUUAGAUAUGUAUGCAGAUGAUUUUGAUGAGAAGGAAAAACUUACUAUAGAUAAUAAAAAUCAAGAUGAUGAUAAAAACAAUACAGAUGAUGAUGAUAAAUCUGAGGAAGUAAAAUGGGAACUUAAAUGGUCUCAAGACAAUGAUGCUGAAAUUUCUGGACCUCAUUCUACGGAACAAAUGAAUAAAUGGUCCACAGAAGGUCAUUUCAAAAGUGGUGUAUGGGUUCGAAAACACGGAGAAGAUAGUCAAUUCUAUAGCUCAAAUAGAAUUGAUUUUGAGUUGUAUUUGUAAAAAGUUUUUUAAGUGAACAGAAAUAAAAUUGUCAUUACUUUAAUAAGGCCAA